AUAUGCUUAUAAGAGGUGAAGUUUCCCGAGGCAUUUUUUCACAUAUACUUUGUUGAAUCAGUUCCAAAUAAUUCCAAUGACUCUGCACUUGUGUUCUUUGCUUGUCUUCUCCCUCCCUCAAGCACUUCAAAGCAGCACAAUUGACAGCAUAACUGCAUCAAGUCCACUGGUUCAGAACCAAACCCUUGUCUCUAGUAGUCAAAUCUUUGAGCUCGGGUUCUUCACGCCUAAAGGAUCAGCAAAGCAGUACGUAGGAAUAUGGUACAAGAAGAUGACUCCCUCCAGAGUCGUCUGGGUGGCCAACAGGGACAAGCCACUUGGACAUACAGAUCAAUCUGCUAGUUUAACAAUUGGGGAAGAUGGAAAUCUGAAGCUUCUUGAUGGGCGACAAAACACUGUGUGGUCUACUAAUGUCAUGGCAAAGUCGAAUUAUUCUGAAGCACUGCUUUCAGACUUUGGAAACUUUGUUCUUCAAGACAGGAACGAGAAUAUAAUGUGGGAAAGCUUUGAUGAGCCAACCGACACUCUCUUGCCAAACAUGAAGAUUGGAGUAAAUGUGAAAAAAGGAAAGAAACUAAACUUGACUUCCUGGAAAGGCGAAGAUGAUCCCUCACUCGGAAGCUUUGUCAUGGGAGUGACAUCGGAGACACCACCUCAGCUUUUCACUUGGAAUGGAUCAAGUCCUUACUGGAGAAGUGGACAGUGGGAUAAAACCAAGUUCAUCGGAAUACCGAACAUGACCAACACAUACUACGAUCUCCAACAAGAUAAUGUCCAGGGAACCUCAUAUUAUUACCUCAAUAAUUACAACAACUCCAUCUUUGGAUAUACUUUCAUCUCUUCUCAAGGAUCUGUAAAGUCAGUUUGUUGGACCAAUGGCUGGUUAACAUACUGGAAGGCACCGGCACCAACGAACCCUUGUGAAAUUUAUGGAAUAUGUGGCCCCUUUGGAGUUUGCAACCCGUUUAGUUCACCCAUGUGCAGAUGCUUAAAAGGUUUUAAACCUAGAUCAGAUGAAGAAUGGAACAGAGGAAACUGGACCAGAGGGUGCCUUAGGAAAAUGGAAUUGAAUUGUCAGAAAUCUGCAAGCGCAGCAACUUCAACAACUGUGGAAAAAGAUAUGUUCUGGCAAAUGAGACAAAUAAAAUUGCCUGAUUCCGCUGAUCAUUUGUUGAUAGAUAAUGUGGAAGGAUGUCAAAGUUGGUGCCUAGAAAACUGCUCGUGCUUGGCCUUUUCUUAUGUGAAUGCUAUAGGAUGUAUGGCUUGGAGUAAAGACCUUCUAGAUACUCAGCAAUUCUCCAUGGGUGGCGAAGAUCUAUUUAUUCGACUUGCGGAUGCGAGUGCGGGUGCGGAUACAGGCUGAAAUGGUUGAAUCAAUACGCUUUUGGUUUUGCACUUCCUGUGCUUCUUAUAAUAUAUUUUCUAUGGUUCAGGUGUACCUACGCUGACAAAACUUAUCAUCAGCCUAAGUACUAUUUCCGGCAUCAUCUUAUUUGGAGCUGGUAUUUCAGUCUGUAGUCUUUCAAAGUGGAGAGGGAAGUUUAGGAAAAUGACAAUCCCAAGGCUCUUUACGUCAGAAGAACUACUAAGGGACACUGCUUGGAAAGACCAAAUGAAGGAAGAUGAUACAUCAAAUUUGGUCGUUUAUGACUUCGAUAGCAUACGCCUCGCAACAGACAACUUCAACGUGAAAAACAAACUUGGGCAGGGAGGGUUUGGCCCGGUUUAUAAGGGAAAACUGAACGAUGGUAAGGAGAUAGCAGCAAAGAGACUUUCAAGCAGCUCAAGCCAAGGCAUAGCGGAGUUCAAGAAUGAGAUCCUUCUAAUAUCCAAACUUCAACACCGAAAUCUGGUGAGACUCCUUGGUUGCUGCAUUGAAGAAGAGGAAAAGAUUCUAGUGUAUGAGUACUUGCCCAACAAGAGCUUGGACACCUUCCUCUUUGAUUCAAAAGAGAAGGCAAAACUUAGCUGGAGUGUACGCUUCCACAUUAUUCAGGGGGUCGCCAGAGGGCUGCUUUACCUCCACCACGAUUCUUGCCUUAGAGUCAUACAUCGGGAUUUGAAAGUGAGCAACAUUCUCUUGGAUGAAAAGAUGAAUCCCAAGAUUUCAGAUUUUGGGCUGUCACGGAUGUUUGAAGGCACUCAAGUUUUGGUAAAUACUCACAAAGUUGUGGGGACACUCUUUGGAGUACUGCUAUUGGAGAUUAUCAGUAGCAAGAAGAACACAAGUUCAGAUUACCCAGGGCAGCAUCUCAAUCUCCUCGCUUAUGCUUGGCACUUGUGGUGUGAAGACAGAGUAUUGGAUCUAAGGGAUGAAGGCAUUGCCAAUGCAUUUUUGGUGUCAGAAGUGAUGAGAUGCAUUCAGUUAGGGCUUCUCUAUACGCAAGACCAUGCCACAGAUAGACCCAACAUGUUGGCUGUGGUUCUAAUGCUGAAUGGGGAGUCCAAUCUUUCACAGCCAAAGCAACCGACAUAUGCAUUUUCACGCUCGCUGGCUCACGGAGUCCCAUCACAAGAAGAAAGGAUCCGGUCCAUGAAUACCAUCACCAUUACUACGCUCUCUGGUAGAACAGUGUUAAGUGGGCAUGGACGCACAAGAGUUCAGAACAUCUACUCGGCAGCAAGCCCUAGCAGCUUUGCCCAGUUGCUAAAGGACACAACCGAUGAAUUGGCGGAGAGUGCGGCGAGCGAUGGGUCUGGGAAGAGGUUUGCUGUCAAGGACACCGACAUCUCGAGCUCGAAGCCGCUAUACACGCUCGCUCAGUGCACGCCGGACUUGACAUCGGUGGAGUGCAAGGCGUUCUUGCAAGGGGCCAUCAAGAAUCUGCCCAUAGAUAAGGAAGGAGGAAGAGUCUUAGCCCCGAGCUACAAUGUUAGGUCUGAGCUUUACCAGUUCUAUAAUGAGACUGUCUUCCAUGAAGCACCGGCACCGGCGCCAACUCUUGCUUCGCCUCCUGCGGCGAUUGUAGCUGCUCCUCCUUCUUCAACAGUGAGAUCUAAAGGAGCCGGAGUUAUGUCUUCCGGGGUUCUUUGUACCGCCGGCGUAGUGUUUUUCCUUUUUCCUUUUUGA